AUCAACACUGUGUGAAGAGCAGCUCAACAGACUCAUGAACCUUUCAAACGCCGGCAGAAACUUCACGACCGCCGUCAUUCGUGAUACUUUAGAAACCGCCAUCAUCAAGAAUGUGAUUACCGUGGUUCUCUGCAUGUCCAUCAGCUACAUCAACAGCACCCUGGUCCACACCUUCAAGAAACACCAGGUUUUCAACAUGAACCCUCGCUACAUCCUGUACAUCCAUCUGGUGAUCAACGACAUCAUCCUCCUGACCAUGUUCACCCUCGUUCAAGUCCUGAGUUACAUCGUGUUCACCCUCAACGUCUCCUUCUGCAUCGUCAUGUUGCUUAUUGCCGUUUCUGCGAGCAUCAGUAAUCCUCUGACGCUCGCCGUCAUGGCAUUAGAGUGUUACGUCGCCAUAUGCUUCCCGCUCCGACACACCCAGAUCUGUACGGUCAAGAAAACGUACGCUGUGAUCGGAGUGAUCUGGAUGCUGAGUUCACUCUCCGUCCUCCCAGAUUUAUUUGUCACACUGGCCACAGAAUCCAUGGAAUUCUUUCACUCCAGAGUUUUCUGCCUUCAAAGGAACACUUUCAGACAUCCUUAUCUCAAAGAAAUGAGGGACAUCGUCAACCAGGUGUAUUUGGUCAUUGUUUGGCUCACUCUGAUCUACACAUACUUCAGGAUCCUCGUCACCGCAAAAGCAGCCGCUACAGACGCCAAGAAAGCGAGGAACACCGUCCUCCUCCACGGCUUCCAGCUGCUGCUGUGUAUGCUCACCUAUGUUUACAGUAUAAUCCUGGAAGGUCUGACUUCCUUGUUUCCAAGUGGAUUUCUGGCGAUUCGCUUUGCCGUCUCGAUAUUUGUCCAUGUUCUGCCGCGACUCAUCAGUCCAGUGGUGUACGGGCUGCGAGACAAGACUUUCAGAAAGUACCUGAAGAAUUAUCUGUUCUGUAAAACGAGUUCUGACACUCACCCAAAAAAUAAAUCUUAAAGAGUUAUGAAGUCGUGUCUUAGCUGCUCCUGCAAGCUGCAUUUUAAAAGUAGAGGGAAAUCCAAUGUACUGUAAUGAAAACCUGUGGAGACAUUAUGACAGCGACUGUAGUGCUUUUGUCUGCAUUCUGCUUUUUGUUGUAACACCUGUUGUUUUGCUCUCUGAACAAAUAAAAGGAAUUCAUUUCA